GACCCCCUCUUUGAGUAUCGGGCCGCCACCUAUGAUCAAUGACGAGAUUCACCCUAGCUGCUGGAACUUCACCUAUGGAAACUGGCGCAUUCAGGAAUUCUACUCCCCAAACUUUCCGGGCGAGUACGCCACUGACGUGGACUGUGUCCAGUAUUUGCAAGCGCCCCCUGGCUUUAAAAUCCAGCUCCACUUUGACAGCAUUUUCGCCGUCGAGAAGUCUCACGAGUGCCAGUUUGACUACCUGGAGAUCAGAGACGGACCUUUCGCCUACUCGCCUUUGAUUGGUCGCUAUUGCAGCUUAGAAUUCCCUCCUCUGGUGACCUCCACUGGACGCUACCUGUGGCUGAGAUUCAAAUCAGACGACGUGCUACAGUACACGGGGUUCAAGGCCGUGUAUUCCUACCACAAGGACAACACUCAGAACGACGCAGCAGUUGUAAACAAGGUCGAGAGUUAUCCUGCCUGCUACUUCCACUUACGGUUAGGCCUGGACAAAUCAUUCGAUUAUUUCACCACAGCUGAUCUCUCAGGGGAGGAGGAACUAGAGCUCCCCAAAGGCGCCCCGGUUGACUGCACGUGGGAAAUAUUCACAGAACGGGGCUACUCGAUUUAUUUGAAUGGUCAAGAUAUCCGACUGAAUCACACCAAAGGCUGUCACCGCAACAACAUCACGGUCUUUGACCGGACCACGCUGGACAAGGACAUCAAAGUGGACGUCUGCAAGGACAACGUAGAUAAGUUUGAGUACAGCUCUGACAGCAACCGCAUCUUCGUGCGAGUGUACACAGAGUCUAUCAAACAUAAGCCAUCUUUCAGAAUCAAGUACUUGCUAACUCGCAAAGGUCAGUGCAACAGAGAAUCCGAACGGAAGUGUGGCAGCCACUGCGUGCCUUUGAAGCACGUCUGCAAGGUGGCCGAGCUGUGCAAGGAUGUGACAGAGACGGAACGGUGCGCCGUAAAGACAGGUUUUUCUGAUGGGCCCAGGAAAAAUAUCUACGGUGGCAACACCGAGAAAAAAAGGGAGGAAAAACUUGAAGCAGAAACUAAAGAGGGCAUGGGGCUCAGUCAGCUGUACGUCAUCAUCCUUGGCGCCGUGGGCGGAUUCAUUCUGACCUGCGUGGUGGUGGGUCUCUGCAUCAUGUGCCACCUGAGGAAGCGAGGUCGCGGGAAGCGGCAAGACUCUAACGCCACCGCUGUAGCAGCAGCGGCCUCGCACAAGAGCCCACAGAGAAACGCCCUUGAGAUUGCCGUCUGCAACAGUUCCAACACCUCCAUGUCGUUGUCCAGACAAAACGAAAUUUCAGGAAACAGACAAGGAGGACUUGAUCGUCAGCACUACGUGGCGUUCGGCAGAAUGAACUCCCCGGCCCCCAACAACGCCAUGGUGGACAACAGCCACCGCUACAGCAUCACAGACCACCACCUGCAAGGCCCGGAAGGGGAGAGAAUCCCUGACGUCAUGACCGAAUCCGGAAACUACAAGCGCUUCCUGACCAUGGAGAUGACCCCGGACGACAUCAUGAUCGAACAGGGCGUGUACCCCGGCACCCCCACGGGCGUGAUGGGCGUGACCAACCUGGACCACCGCAUGCCGGACAUCUACGGCAACUACCACGGUAACAUGUGGCACCCCAAAGACGACAACGUGUACCCGUACGGUUCGGCCAGCCUGACCCGGCCCACUCCCUUCCUGGGCAUGUCCAAAACCUUUUCUUACACCCAGCCCGAGUCCAAGUAUGAGAUCAAGUAUCUCAAGACGAUGAAGCCGGUCGACAACGACGCCUUGAAAGAGCACCAAGCUGCAUAAGGCAUAGGACCACCCACUUAUUUAAAUUGCAUCACGUGACACGUAUGACCCAACGAGAUUGGAUGGAACGCUAAGCUGUAUAUAAAAAAAAGUAGGGCAAGCGCAAUUUUUUAAAAAAAUUGUAUCACGUGAUACCUCUUACCCAAUGAGAUUUACAUUAAAAUGAAGAGUUCUUUAAGCUGACAUGCCAAGUUAAUUCGGAAACUGAUGGCGGUCUAAAAUCUGGACACAUUUAUUAUGAUAUCUAACUCUUAAUUUGAAUAUUGGUUUGAAACAUUCGAAUUAGGAACACAUGAGAUUCAUUCACACAAAAUAAUUCAAAUCAUGCAAGGAAAACAAACCAAAAAAAAAGGGAAAAUCCCAACAGUAUUAUUGGCUUAUAUCUACGCUUUAUAAGGAAUACAUAUGAAGACAAUAACAGCACCGCUUGAUCUUAAAAACUCACAGUUGGCUGCUAAAAGUUAAUUUAAUUUAAGGAUUUACAAUGCAACCUUAGGUGAUACAACCCGCUGAAGGCUUAGACAAUGCUAACUUUGAGUGGCUCGGACAAUGCGGUUCUAUGGUGUCCUCAGUUCUAUGACGUCGUGGACAAUGCAGUUCUCGUGUGACCAGGACAAUUCAAUCUUCCAGUGUCCUAGACAAUGCAAUCCUACGGUGUCCUUUAAUUUGGGAAAUUCCGUUUUAACUAGUCUGAAAAAGGACUUCAAGCAAUGAUUAAAUUAAGUCAUACGAAUAUAACCAAUUUAAGAUUCGUAAAAAAAUAAACCAAAGUCUGUGAACUACAGAACAGGAAGGCAGCUGGUCGGAUGUGACAGAAGUACUCCGUUGUACUCCUUUAAGAGAGUGGCUCGUUUCCAGAGGCACUAUAAAAACACCCACAGUGGCAGCUCUUUACGCAUGUUAGCAUCUAGAAUUCUAGAUAGAUGAUUGAAGUGUUUCAAAAAGUAUCUCAAGUUUUAGCAUUUUAUUUUUAUUUUAUUCAAAGUCAAAGAACCAUAAUUAGAGUGAAUGCGUUAAAUUUAAAGUCGUUGUGAAAAGCACAACUUGAAUGCAACAGGAGGCGUUGUUGCAAUAUCUUAAUGUAGACCCUUUUUAAAUCGCAGAACUUAUACAUUAGAUUGACAAUCAAAAUAAUCCACAGUGCAAUCACCUUACUCUCGCGAGAUGGGUGAGUUAUAUCUCUGACAAUGGACAAAUUAAACGAGUAUUUAACAAUGGUAUUUUUUGUUCACACUGUGUGUCUAAAACAAUUUAAUUCUUUAUAAAUAUUUUUUAAAAAGUACAAAAAAACGAUGCAGAAGGUCCCAGUGAGGACGUGUCCUGCAUUCUAAAUGCUGAUGCCCAGCAUGGUGUAACAAGGUCCCAGCGAGGACGUGUCCUGCAUUCUAAAUGCAGAUGCCCAGCAUGGUGUAACAAGGUCCCAGUGAGGACGUGUCCUGCAUUCUAAAUGCAGAUGCCCAGCAUGGUGUAACAAGGUCCCAGUGAGGACGUGUCCUACAUUCUAAAUGCUGAUGCCCAGCAUGGUGUAACAAGGUCCCAGUGAGGACAUGUCCUACAUUCUAAAUGCAGAUGCCCAGCAUGGUGUAACAAGGUCCCAGUGAGGACGUGUCCUACAUUCUAAUUGCAGAUGCCCAGCAUGGUGUAACAAGGUCCCAGUGAGGACGUGUCCUACAUUCUAAUUGCAGAUGCCCAGCAUGGCGUAACAAGGUCCCAGUGAGGACGUGUCCUACAUUCUAAAUGCUGAUGCCCAGCAUGGUGUAACAAGGUCCCAGUGAGGACAUGUCCUACAUUCUAAAUGCAGAUGCCCAGCAUGGUGUAACAAGGUCCCAGUGAGGACGUGUCCUACAUUCUAAAUGCAGAUGCCCAGCAUGGUGUAACAAGGUCCCAGUGAAGAUGUGCCAUCAUUAAGAGAAGGUUGAUUAAUCGCCUUGACAUGAACACAGCUUCGAUCAAAACAAACUUCAUCUCGGCUUUACGAUUGAUCUCACACUUCGUGAAAGGGAACCCCUUGGAUAACUCGGCGAUGGGAGGACCCUUGGAGAUGAGUAGGUUAGAUACAUGAUAUGCUUGAUCGCGAUGCGUUUAUAAGUAGGUGAACGAGACAGUAUGAGAAGUCGUGUGUGGGCAGUCUUAAGAUUAGUACGCUGAAUAGAGUUUCAAUCAAGAAAGGAUUAACUCUUUCUCUCCGUAAUUAUUUACCACAUUCUGGUGGAAUCAACGCUGGUAUCGUCAGUUAGGAGAGAAAGAGUUAAUCGGCUAAUUCUACACAAAAUAACUUUGAGACUGUUAUACAUGUUUCCCAAGUGCCUCUCUUCAAGAACGUUGUGUUCAACAUGUUUUCAAAUAUCUAUGAAUGUGUUAGCAUUUGUUUUUAAAAAAGACUUUAUGUUUUUCACUACAUAGACCCAACGUAAAACAUUUAUAAAAGUGUGUAUACUUUUGACGGCUAUAAGUUCACAUCAGGUGGAUGACCGAAUGGCGAUAUCAAGUCAUUUAACACCUUUAACUUUGGCAGAUAAGUCACGUGACUUUGAGUGCAUUACAGUACAAGUCACAAUGUAACGUGCUUUUUUUUUAUGUUCAUCCAACCGUGACCAAUCGUUACAAAAGGCCUCAACACUGAGCUGCGACGUCACAACCUUUGGGCAGCGAACACCAAUAGCUCGUUGCCACGCCGUACAGACCAACGAGCUAUUGAUCUGCACUGCCCACAGGUAGCGGCGUUGCAGGCCAGCGUUCAGGCCCUUUUCACGAUUAGUCUCGAUCCAAUCAUUGUGUCUUUGAAAACAAUCCUAUUCACUUUAUACAAAGGAUGAUUUUACUACAUCAUGUAUGCUAAAAUAUGUAGGUCGUCACUGGGUCUCCCUGUUCACGUGAAGAUCUGCACUUAUCCUUACUCUUCCGACUCCAAUGACGAUGUCUUAUCCACGUCUUCUAGUAAACAGUUUCUAUUUUUUGUAAGUCUCAGAUAUUAUAUAUUUGUAUUUUUAUUAACUGAUAUUUGUACAUAUUGAUAUUUAACUUUGUUUCUUGUACAUGCCUAGAUCUAUAUGAUGUACACAUUAUUUGGAUAUAAAAAAAUGUACAAGCCUAAUUGUGCCUUGAACAAACAGCAUGCAUUAAAAAAAUAUAUUAUUGUCUUAUUUUGUUGAUCAAAACUUACAACAAAGAUACUAGAGGGUCUCAUGUGGGGUCUGGUGUGGGUACUGAUGUGAGAACCUAAGACAACAGGUAGAGGUAGAGAAAGAAAGAAAAAGAAUAUAUUCUUGUCUGUUUUGUGUAUCUGGGUGUGCAGAGUUGGUUUUAUCUUUAGGCAACUUAAGCUGUACCUUAGGGACCCGUCUUUCUUGGGGGGCCCAAAAAAAGGCUCGGAUGAUACUUACACGAUAUAAUAACAUAGAUGUAGCAAGUAGUGUAUUUACAAGGGCCCCCAUAUUUCAAAAAGCUUAGGGCCUUAUUAAUUCUAAAUCAGGGGCUUGGUGUUGGGGUGUGUGUAAACUGAUUGGUAUUAAGUAGAUCUCUGAUUUAUUUCUCGGAUGUAGGUACAUGAAGAUUAGUUUUGUUCUAGGUUCAAUAUGAUAUAGAUUUAUGUUGACAAAGUGUAUGACACACUCGGUAAUCCGACACAUUCAGUAAUUCGACACAUUCAGUAAUCCGACACAUUCAGUAAUUCGACACAUUCAGUAA